ACGGCUCCCAUGGCAAUUAGCACGGAAUGAUACGAGGAGAAGCCUUCCAGUCCGCUUCUCUUCUCCAUUCAUCAUGUACGGUUUUGUGAAUUACGCCCUUGAGCUGCUGGUUAUGAAGACCUUUGACAGCGAGACGUGGGAGGCGAUAAAAAAAGAUGCAGCCGUUAAUAUGGAAGGUCAGUUCCUGGUGCGCCAGAUUUAUGACGACGAGAUUACCUACAACAUUAUAUCGGCAGCUGUCAAUCGACUCAACAUUCCAGCAAAUGAGAUUCUGGAGCUGUUCGGUCGAAUGUUCUUCGAGUUCUGUCAGGACUCCGGCUACGACAAGAUACUUCAGGUGCUCGGAGCGACGCCCAGGGACUUUUUGCAGAACCUGGAUGCCCUUCACGAUCAUUUAGGCACUUUGUACCCGGGAAUGAGGGCGCCCUCUUUCCGGUGCACCGAGAGACCCGAGGAUGGAGCGCUCAUAUUACAUUAUUACUCCGAUCGACCUGGAUUAGAGCAUAUUGUGAUUGGCAUCGUUAAGACAGUGGCGAAGAAAUUGCACGGCACGGAUAUCGAGAUGAAAAUAUUGAAGACCAAAAACGAGUGCGACCACGUGCAAUUUUUGAUCACCAACACGUCCGGUCCUGGGGUCGUUUCGAACCCUAUGAUUGCAGAGUUGGAAACUUUGUCAGUAGAACCAAAAGUGAGUCCCAUGACCUUCUGUCGCGUUUUUCCGUUCCACUUGAUGUUUAACCGGGACUUGACCAUAGUUCAAACUGGAUGCACCAUAACUCGAGUGAUACCGCAAGUGUGCUCCGGUAAUUGCAAGUUGAACGACAUUCUUCUAACUGUCAGACCACAUUUAGAGCUGACGUUCGAGAAUAUAUUGUCACACAUAAACACCGUGUACGUGCUGCGAACGAAAAAGGGUGUGAUGAGGGUCAACGCUACUGAAGAGUACUCCUACUUGCGCUUGAAAGGACAAAUGUUGUACAUUCCCGAGUCAGACCUAGUGAUCUUCCUCUGCUACCCAAGCGUCAUGAACCUGGACGACCUAACCAGACGGGGCUUGUAUCUGAGCGACAUCCCGCUUCACGACGCCACCAGAGAUCUCGUGUUGAUGUCAGAGCAAUUCGAGGCUGAUUACAAAUUAACGAGAAACUUGGAACUGCUUACCGAUAAAUUGCAGCAGACGUAUCGCGAGUUGGACGGCGAGAAGCAGAAGACCGACAGAUUGCUGUACUCGGUGCUGCCCAUUUCCGUGGCGAACGAGCUCCGACAUUCCAGGCCAGUUCCAGCCAAGAAGUACGACUGCGUGACCCUGUUGUUCUCCGGAAUUGUCGGUUUCGGUGCUUACUGCGCUGCUCACACGGAUUCCAGCGGUGCAAUGAAGAUUGUCAACAUGCUCAAUCAGCUGUACACCGCGUUCGACGUGCUCACCGAUCCCAAGAAGAAUCCCAACGUGUACAAGGUCGAAACUGUUGGUGACAAAUACAUGGCCGUGAGCGGAUUACCGGAACCAUGUCGUUGCCAUGCACGAUGCAUCGCCCGCCUAGCGCUAGAUAUGAUGGAUCUUGCUGCGGAUGAGGUGCAGAUCGAUGGCGAGCCUGUGAAAAUCACCAUCGGGAUACACAGCGGCGAGGUUGUGACCGGUGUUAUUGGACAUCGUAUGCCGCGUUAUUGCUUGUUUGGUAAUACAGUGAAUCUCACCAGUCGUACGGAAACCACAGGAGAACCGGGAAAAAUAAACGUCUCAGAGGAUGCUUAUAGGUAUCUCUGCAUGCCCGAGAACCAGGACCCCCAGUUCCUGCUGGAGUACCGAGGACCCGUGACCAUGAAGGGCAAAUCAGAACCCAUGAACGUCUGGUUCUUAUCCAGAGAAAGAGAACUUACCGCAUAAACUGAUCGUUACCAUAAACUUACUGUCGUAGAAAUAAAACAAUUUAAUUUUUAUGACUCGUUAUGUCAUCGUUGUGCAAAAUCCAAGAAUAAGUCUCUGUAUGUCUGCAUUUGAUAGAAGCAAGAAGAUGAAAUUAAAGUAAAAGCAGAAAUCUCGAAGGAAAAUUGUAAUUGACUAGUGAAUAAUGUUAUGGCGCAAUAAAAGUUAUCGGUUCUUUAA